GCUACUCUGCUUCGCCCUAUAAGCAUCCUAGGAGCCUGUGCUUACCAAUCAAUUGGUACAGUCAAACAGAGCCGCAGCCUGCGUUAGAGUGGAGACCUUCAGUCUCGCUUUAUUUCUGGAUAUUGGGGGACCUCUCUACCAUGUCAUAUCCACAAUUUGGAUAUCCCUACUCGUCUGCUCCACAAUUCCUGAUGACAACCAACUCUCUGACCACUUGCUGCGAGUCCACCGGCAGAUCCAUAGCCGACUCCGGAGUAGCGGCGUCCGGGCAGACCCCGGUCUACUGUCCCGUGUACGAGAGCCGGCUGCUGGCCACGGCGAGGCACGAACUCAGCUCGGCCGCCGCGCUGGGCGUGUACGGCAGCCCCUACACCGGCGGCCAAGGCUAUGGGAAUUACGUUACAUACGGCACGGACGCCUCGGCUUUCUACUCGCUGGGCACAUUCGAUACUAAAGAUGCCACAGCUUCUGCGCAUGCGGGAAUAACCCAGGCAACAGCCUACUACCCGUAUGAUCCCACCCUGGGACAGUACCAGUAUGACAGAUACGGUUCCAUGGACGGGGGAACGAGGCGGAAGAACGCCACGCGCGAGACGACCAGCACCCUGAAGGCCUGGCUGCAGGAGCACCGGAAGAACCCGUACCCGACCAAAGGGGAGAAGAUCAUGCUGGCCAUCAUCACCAAGAUGACCCUGACGCAGGUGUCCACCUGGUUCGCCAACGCCAGGCGGAGGCUCAAGAAGGAGAACAAGAUGACGUGGCCGCCGAGGAACAAGGGCUCAGAGGAGAAGCGGUACGACGAGGACGAGGACGGGUCUCAGGAGGAGCAGAUAAAAAGCGAGAACAACGAGGACGAGACCAGAAGUCGGCCCGAUAAGGACCUCCAGCUGAGCGACCUGGACGACUUCGACACGCUGGAGUCGGAGAGCUCGGAGUGCGAGCUGAAGCACCGCUACCACCUGAACACGCACAUGACGACGACGGGCGACCUGCCCGGCGAUCACCUCAUCAAGGACACGUCUCUGAAGAUCUCCAUCCCCGUUUCUCUGGGAGGGGAGCAGGACUUGGGCAAAAGCUGCCUCAAAACGAGCCCGGAGGACUUCCAGGCGGACAGCAGGCAGCAGGUGAAGGCGUGCUACAACCAGCAGCAGCAGCAGCAGCAGCAGCAGGGACACCAGAUACUGGACGGCAAACCCCGCAUCUGGUCUCUGGCCCAAACCGCGACGUCCCUGAACCAGACUGAGUACCCGUCCUGCAUGCUGAGGUGCCAGCCGCCGCCGCCGCCGCCCUCCUCCUCCCUCAGCCCAUCCCCCGCCGCUACCUCACCCGUGACCGGCCUGGACAACAGGCAGGACUCGCCGGUCACGACCCUGAGAAACUGGGUGGACGGGGUCUUCCACGACCCCUUGUUCAGGCACAGCACUUUGAGCCAGGCUCUGACCAACACCACCGUCUCUUGGACCGCGAACACCAAAGGCGCCCUCCUGGAGGCCGAGAGGAGCUCGGCGGCCCUGCAGCAGCACCACGACUCCUCCAAAGACAGUGGCAUGGCCUUCCCCAAAAGCCUCAACAAACUCUUCUGCUCCUAACGAAACCAAAAUGAGAGGGUGUGUGUGGGGGGGUGGGGGACUUUUUGUGACUGACUGAAAGAAAAAGAAAAAAAGACAAAAAAAAAAAAAAAGCCUAUUUGUUCUCCCUCGUUAUGUCUUUAUUGGUUUUAUUUUGAAAAGCAGACUGUUACAUCGGCGUCACACGAGGAGUGGAUACCUCCGGAUCCGAUUGGCUCAUUUUUUCUUUUUUCUUUUUCUUUUUUUUUUCUUUUAAACGCACGCACAAAAACUUAUCCAAAUGUAUAACUCAAAGUUUACAUCCUUUUAUGAGGGGAAAAAAUGAUAAUAAUAGGCCUAUGGUUUACAUGAUUUAUUUCCCUUUUUGCCUUUCUUUUUUUUUCUUUAAUAUGCGCAUGCAAAUGUAAAUUGAAUAUUAUUUAGGUCUCAGCAGUUGAGUAUCACUAUUAAAAAAAAGAGACGACAAACAAACAAAACAAAAAAAAAAUCUCACAAAUGCACAGCUCUCGUUGGGGGGAAAAAAGAAAAGUGGGGGACGAGAGCGUCUCAACUUUGUUUCACUGAAAAAUAAAAAAGCAGUCGGUUUCUGAAGAAAGAAAAAAAAAA